AUGGCAGCAUCACAGGCUGCUUUUAAGGUAGAGCAAGCCGUCGGACACGAUGCCAUCGUGCCCGACGGCUAUAAUUAUUCGGAAAAGGUCCCAAAACUACGCGUAGUGGAACCCAGAGACAUUGUCUUGCGUGUUACUGGUUCUACGAUCUGUGGCUUCGACUUGCAUCUCUUGCACGGUACCAUUGUGGAGCUACAGAAGGACGACAUCAUGGGCCACGAGUUCUGCGGUAUCGUGGAGUCUGUCGGCCCUCAAGUUAAGAAUGUUAAGCCCGGCCAGCGUGUGGUAGCCAGCUUCCAGAUCGCAUGUGAGGAAUGCGGACCUUGCAAGAAGAAGCAGAGUAGCCAGUUAGCUUCUUUGGGUACUCUCAUUUCACGGGCGGCUUUUCAGGCGGACAAGGCAGAAUACGUUCGUGUUCCGUUCGGGGACGUCAACCUCCUCAAGCUGCCCGACCGUGUCCCAGAUGAGAAAGGCCACCAUCUCUCCGAUAUCAUCUGCACGUCUUGGAAUGCCGUCGUAGACACUGGCGUCGAGAAAGGCGACGUCGUAGCUAUUUGGGGCGCCGGCCCUAUAGGCCAGAUGGCUGCAGACUUCAGCCUUCACAACGGUGCUGCCCGCGUCAUUCUCAUAGAUAACUAUUGGCGCCUCAUCUAA